UGGGGCUGUUAGGAAUAGUUUACUCUGAAAUUCUAAUACGAAUUUCUUACAGUUCAGUUUCUAUCACCACACUGUACGGAGGAACGCGGUUUCAAAUGAUUGUGUCAAUUUGUGAGAUAGAUUAACAAAAAAAAAAUAAAUAAAAAUGAUUGGAAAGACAAUUUUACCAUCGUUGGUGAUAGCAUUAGUUUUCUCACUAACGAGAGGAUAUGAUAUCGACGACAACGACAGAAACAAGGAAAUUAUGAGUCGAACUUUACCGGCUUAUGCAUUUGCUGAGAAUGCUAAUUUAUUGAAUGGUUCUGGUUGUGAGAAGGAUUUAAUCGAGUUUCGAGAAGCUAUCGACAACCGGAAACUGUGGAGUUUGAGAAUGUUAGAUUCAAGUGGAGAACCAAGACCAGGAUUUAUCUAUGGAAAUAAUUAUUGGCUGGGAAUUCGAAGUCAGUGUUAUGAUUCUACAAAUAAAUCGCCAAUGAUUCUUAGUGAAAGAAUAAAAUUGAAUAAUUCACUCUUUCGAAAUGUAAAAGAGGAAUUUCCACCAUUUGACGUUCAUUAUUUUGUCGCAUAUUUCACGCACAAUAGUACAUUACAAUAUCAUGUGACUCUACCAAAUGAGAAUAUAAUCACUCUUGGUCUUUGUUUGCCGGCCACUUGCACCAUGGGAGAAAUUGGAUUGAUUCUCAAUAAGACAUUUCAGGAACGAACUCUCUUGAUUGGUGACCUGUACAAAGCAGAUUUUAAAUUAGUCGAAAUUAAAGAUUUAACGGAAGAUAAAUUAUUGAUGAGUGCUAGAAGAAUUUUUAUUUUAAUUGUUUUCUCAUUUAUGUUAUUGUUAAUGCUAAUGGGAACAAUUUAUGAUGUUCUCGUACAUCAAAGGUACUUGAAAAUAGGAAAGAAGUUUGUUUGUUUCGAAAAUAAUAUCGCCAAUAAUAAUGAAUCGAAGGAAACGAGCAAAUGUUUAGAAUCAAUUACAAUGGAAAAACAUUGUCAGAGUAUUUGGGAAAAAGUACUUUUGUGCUUUUCAAUUUACACGAAUACGAAAAUUAUUUUCACAACUAAAUUAAAUUCCGACUCGAUACCAAUAGUUCAUGGAUUAAGAUUUUUGGGAAUGGCGUGGAUAAUUAUGAUUCAUACCAUUUUCUACAUGAGCGAUUACGCUGACAAUAAACCAUGGUCUUGGCGAGUGUCCGAAGGUUUUACCGUUCAAAUAAUUUCAAAUUCAACAUUGUCAGUUGACACAUUUUUUUUUCUCAGUGGUUUUCUAGUCGCCUAUUUAUAUUUAAACGAAAAGAGGAAAAAAAUCGAUAAACAACCAAUUAAUUACAGUAGAAAAAUAAGUGAAUUUUUCGGAGCUGUCCUCAAGAGGUUCCUCAGAUUGACACCAGCGUAUAUGAUGGUUGUCGGAAUUGUUGAAGUAAAUUCAGCUUGGUACGGUGAGGUUUCACAAUUUUACAUGUCUGAACGGCCACAAGAUGUUUGUGCAAAAUAUUGGUGGCGAAAUAUUCUUUACAUCAAUAAUCUUUUUGGUAGAGAUAAAAUGUGUAUGUCUUGGAGUUGGUAUUUAUCGAACGACAUGCAAUUUUUCAUAAUUGGAACGUUCCUUCUAAUUUUGUCUUCCGUAUGCUUUUGUGUAGCUUCAACUCUACUAAUUUUAAUAAUGAUAGGAUCGAUUGGUAUAACCGGUUAUAUUUCAUAUAUCUACGGAUACGUCCCUACAAUGGAUGCGCAAUAUCACAUGCUCGAUGUAUUGUACGAUCCACCAUGGACCAGAAUAGGACCAUAUGUCGUGGGAAUGAUCACUGCGUAUAUUUUGAUAAGGCUGAAUAAUAAAUUACCUUUAAAAACAAGAACUGUUGUAAUUUGUUGGCUACUGGGAAGUUCUUGUAAUAUUUUUGUACUUUUUGGAAUUUGGAAGAGGUACAUUUCCAUAUUCUCGGCAGCAUUUUACGUUGGAUUCAGUAGAACAAUUUGGGCCGUUGGUCUUUCCUGGUUGCUCAUUGCUUGUUGCACACGUCAUGGAGGAAUUGUCAACAAAAUUCUCUCCUUUAGAGGAUGGAUUCCAUUAAGUAGACUCACAUAUUGUGCUUAUUUAUUAAAUCCAUUUAUAAUUAAUUCCAUCUUCCUUCAUAGUGAAACUUCUCAACAUGUGGAUUUUAUAAGUAAUUGUACGACAUUUCUGGGAGUGUUUGGAGUGACUUAUUUGUGUUCAUAUGUGCUCACGCUAAUGCUUGAGACUCCGAACAUUUUGCUCAUGCGAUUACUAGUAAAACGCUAGGGAGAUAAAUAGCUUUAUUAUUUUUUUUUCUUUAAGAAAUGUAAAGAAAGAAUAAUUUGUAAAUAGUAUUGAAUAAAUAGUUAAUUCUUCUUAUAA